AUGAGAAUCUCAAACACCGUGUUCGCCCUUGGUGUCAUACACUCCGUCCAUGGCAGCCCCGUCGGAGCUCGUGAUGAGGAGAUGGCUGCCGCCAAGGCACCACCCAAGAUCAUUUCAGGCCUCUAUGGCACCGGCUCUGCUCUGGCAGCAGUUGUAGUCCAUGACACUAAUGGCAAAGAAUCAUGGAGGUGGACUUCCAAUGACGCUCAGAAUCAGGGUAUCCCCGGAGACCUUCUGGCCUGCAUCAAGAGAAACUACGCUGUGCCAGAGGUCAAAUGGGCAAACGGAGGCAAGAGCAUCCUCACCAUCUUCAAUGGUGCAGCUCUCAUGAUCAACUACUUGCCUGGAAAUGCUCAGGACAAGAAGAUCAAGUUUGGCACCUGCGUCAACCGAGGAGACUUGGGUAACACCCACAGCCUCGAGCUCGUGCCGAACAACAAGAUCGCCAUUGCGACAACCUCAGACCGCUUGGAUGGAAACAUCCAGGUCUUUGAUAUUGGACGAGGCUUACAAGCCUUCGGAAACCCAGUUGAGAAACUUGACCGGAUCCCCGGUGUCCACGGCCUUGUCUGGGAUAAACAGAGCAACAUGCUCUGGGCUUCGGGCAGCGAUCUGGCACCAAACGGCAAGCAGCCUUCCGCCAGCACUCUGAACGCAUACGCAUACAAUAAUGGAAGAUUCCAGGCCAAGCCCGUCCACGAGUUUAAAGUCAGCGCUCCUAUCAAGCUCACCACGGAAUGGGCCAACACCCAGUACAGCGGCUGGUGGGACGGUGGUCACGAUCUCACGCCCGUGCCUAACCAGCGCAAGCUCCUCAUCUCCACUGAUGUGGACGUCCAUGUCUUUGACAUCCCCUCUAAGAAGUUUGAACACGGAGACGCUGUGGUGAAGAAGCACUUGCAAGGAUUCCAGCCUGUUGAUAAGCGUGUUGGGAGCAAUGGCCAGUCGCUGCCUCGUUCUGACAUCAAGUGUCUUAGUUUGGAUGGCAGUGGUAACGCCAUUUACAUCCAGGCUAAGUGGAAGGAUGUUACUUCGCACCAGAUCAACUGGCUGUCCGGUGGAAAGCUCCAGAAGGCUCAGCGAUAUGCUCAGGAAGUGUACCGCUCUCGCUGGUUCCAGGGCAUCCCAGGCUGGCCUGCGGCCACCAGCAAUUAG